AGUUGCCAAAUGCUGUUAAAUCAACUGAGAGAAAUCACAGGCAUUCAGGACCCCUCCUUUCUUCACGAAGCACUGAAGGCCAGUAAUGGUGACAUCACCCAGGCAGUCAGCCUUCUCACUGACGAAAGAGUGAAGGAGCCCAAUCAAGACACUGUUGCUACAGAACCCUCUGAAGGAGAGGGCAGUGCCGCCAGCCAGGAAGUACUAGCAAAAGUGAUAGACCUCACUCAUGAUAACAAAGAUGAUCUUCAGGCUGCCAUUGCUCUGAGUCUGCUGGAAUCCCCCAAAAUUCAAGCUGAUGGAAGAGAUCUUAGCAGGAUGCAGGAGGCAACCGCUGCAGAAACUAAACGCUCCAAGAGGAAGCGCUGUGAGGUCUGGGGAGAAAGCCCCAACCCCAACGACUGGAGGAGAGUCGAUGGCUGGCCAGUUGGGCUGAAAAAUGUCGGCAAUACAUGUUGGUUCAGCGCUGUCAUUCAGUCUCUCUUCCAGUUGCCUGAAUUUCGAAGACUUGUUCUCAGCUACAGUUUGCCACAGAACAUACUUGACAAUUGUCGCAGUCACACGGAAAAGAGAAAUAUCGUGUUUAUGCAAGAGCUUCAGUAUUUGUUUGCUCUGAUGAUGGGAUCAAAUAGAAAAUUUGUAGACCCUUCAGCAGCCCUGGACCUGUUGAAGGGGGCAUUCCGGUCAUCCGAGGAACAGCAGCAAGACGUCAGUGAAUUCACACACAAGCUCCUGGAUUGGCUAGAGGACGCAUUCCAGCUGGCUGUUAAUGUUAAUUCCAGGAACAAAUCUGAAAAUCCAAUGGUGCAGCUAUUCUACGGUACUUUCCUGACUGAAGGGGUUCGUGAAGGAAAGCCCUUUUGUAACAAUGAGACCUUCGGCCAGUAUCCCCUUCAGGUAAACGGUUAUCGCAACUUAGACGAGUGUCUGGAAGGGGCCAUGGUGGAGGGCGACGUUGGGCUUCUUCCUUCUGAUCACUCAGUGAAGUACGGACAAGAGCGUUGGUUUACAAAGCUACCUCCAGUGUUGACCUUUGAGCUCUCAAGAUUUGAGUUCAAUCAGUCCCUUGGGCAGCCAGAGAAAAUUCACAAUAAGCUGGAAUUCCCUCAGAUUAUUUAUAUGGACAGGUAUAUGUACAGGAGCAAGGAGCUCAUUCGAAAUAAGAGAGAGUGCAUUCGAAAGUUGAAGGAGGAGAUAAAAGUUCUGCAGGAAAAACUGGAAAGGUAUGUGAAGUAUGGUUCAGGCCCAGCACGGUUCCCGCUCCCAGACAUGUUGAAGUACGUCAUUGAGUUUGCUAGCACCAAACCUGCCACAGAAAGCUGUCCUCAAAGCAGCCCAUGCAGGACCUUACCACUUGCUUCAGUGCACUGCCCGGUUUCUGACCUGGCAUCAAAGGAAAGUACAAGUACGGAAAGCUCUCUGGAUGCUGAAGGUACUUUUUCUUCUCCUGAAGAUUCUCUAUGCGAGUCUAAGAUCAUGAAUAAGCCACCGACACCCUCCCGAUCUGCUAUGGAGAUGCCUGCACACCCAGCUCCUCGAACCGUGUCGGAUGAAGAGAUGAACUUUGUUAAGACCUGCCUUCAGAGGUGGAGAAGUGAGAUUGAACAAGAUAUCCAAGAUUUAAAGAAUUGUAUUGCAAGCACGACCCAGACUAUUGAGCAGAUGUACUGUGACCCUCUCCUUCGUCAGGUGCCUUAUCGCCUGCAUGCGGUUCUUGUUCACGAAGGACAGGCGAACGCGGGACACUACUGGGCCUACAUCUAUAACCAGCCCCGACAGAUCUGGCUCAAGUACAAUGACAUCUCUGUGACUGAAUCUUCCUGGGAAGAGCUUGAAAGAGAUUCCUAUGGAGGCCUGAGAAAUGUUAGUGCUUACUGUCUGAUGUAUAUUAAUGACAAGCUGCCCCACUUCAAUGCAGAAGCCGCUCCGGAUGAAUCGGACCAGAUGUUAGCAGAGGUGGACGCCCUCUCCGUUGAACUGAAGCAUUAUAUUCAGGAAGAUAACUGGCGGUUUGAGCAGGAAGUAGAGGAGUGGGAAGAAGAGCAGUCUUGCAAAAUCCCUCAGAUGGAAUCAUCUGCCAACUCCACACCACAGGAUUCGUCUACACCACAAGAGCCUUCAGCAUCCUCUUCUCCUGGGGUUCGCUGCUUGUCCUCCGAGCACGCCGUGAUUGUAAAGGAGCAGACUGCCCAGGCCAUCGCAAACACAGCCCGCGCCUAUGAGAAGAGCGGGCAUUCCAUGAAGAAUACUCCAGACUCUAUCAGCUGGCCAAGGAGACGCCCACCUCUCACAGCGACCCUCGGCUUCAGCACGUCCUUGUCUACUUUUUCCAAAAUGAAGCACCAAAAAGGGUAGUAGAACGGACACUUCUGGAACAGUUCGCAGAUAAAAAUCUGAGCUACGACGAGAGGUCAAUCAGCAUCAUGAAGGUGGCCCAGGCCAAACUGAAGGAAAUCGGUCCCGAUGACAUGAACAUGGAAGAGUACAAGAAAUGGCAUGAAGAUUACAGCUUGUUCCGAAAGGUGUCUGUGUAUCUCCUCACAGGCCUGGAACUCUACCAGAAAGGAAAGUACCAAGAGGCCCUGUCCUACCUGGUGUAUGCCUACCAGAGCAAUGCCCCCCUGCUGGUGAAGGGGCCCCGCCGCGGGGUGAAGGAGUCAGUGAUUGCUCUGUACCGACGGAAAUGCCUUCUGGAGCUGAAUGCCAAAGCGGCGUCUCUCUUUGAGACGAACGACGACCACUCUGUAACAGAGGGCAUUAACGUGAUGAAUGAGUUGAUCAUUCCAUGCAUUCACCUUAUUAUUGAUAAUGACAUCUCCAAGGAUGACCUGGAUGCCAUCGAAGUCAUGAGAAACCACUGGUGCUCCUACCUGGGGCAAGAUAUCGCAGAAAACCUGCAGCUGUGCUUAGGGGAGUUUCUACCCAGGCUUCUUGAUCCUUCUGCAGAAAUUAUCGUCUUGAAGGAGCCUCCAACCAUCCGACCCAAUUCUCCCUAUGACCUUUGUAGCCGGUUUGCAGCUGUCAUGGAGUCAAUCCAAGGAGUUUCUACUGUGACCGUGAAAUAAGCCCCCACCUAGUCAAGGCCCACCCUGGUCUCUGCUGAC